CCUAGCUGCUUACUCUCAACAUGUCGCUUUGUAAGGUUUGCGAGGAGGCGUUGGUGUUGCGAUUGGAAACAGACGAUGAUGAAAUCGAGGCUUCUGGUACCGCUGGUCCGAGUACUGUCUCAGGCUCAUCGGUCCCUGAUGAUCUCGAAUUAUCCUGUGGUUGUCAUUUCCAUUGGCAAUGCUUGUUGGAUCAAUCCACUGACAUAGCCCUGUCUCUCAAGUGUCCCAGCUGCAGCGCCCACCUACCCAUCAACAGCGCGGGACCAUCUGUGACCAACCCAUUUCUCUCUACGUCACCAGGCGCGGCAAUCAUCACAACGUAUACAAAUGAGGGCGGCGUCCAAGAAGGACUAGACAUUCUGCCGUCGAUUACAGAGGAAGCAUAUCUCGAGAAUCACCCUGAGGCACGUCCGGCUCGUGCGCUGCAUGUGAUGUGUGCAGAGGGUGACAUUGAAGGUAUUGUUGAACUGCUUCAGGAUGCCAGCGACGACAUCGAGGAUAUGGUUUCCUUUGUAACAUACCAGGAUCCUCUUGCGGAUAUGAAGAGUGGGCUUCACCUGGCCAUUGAGUGCAAGCAAGAGGAGUCCCUCUGGCUUCUGCUUUGGCUUUGUUCAACGAUCCCGAAUUCCUCCUUUCCCGAAAACGCUCGUUCUGUGGCCGAAGCUCUAGGCGUUGGCAGAUUAUCGGUAAACAGCGAAAAGGACAUUCGUGGUUUGCGAGACAGCCAUGGCAGGACAGCAGCCGAUAUCGCUCAGCGGCAGCAGGGCCAGUGGGGGUUGAUUCUCCAGGCAGGUCUGCUGUCGCUUUAAGUCUGAAUGGGUACUUAUUGUACUUGAAUUUAAGUCUGAAGGGUCAUUGCCUUGGGUACAGGCGAGGCAAAAGCCAUCCGAAGCACGGCGUUGUGGAAGAAAAACAAUAGGUAAAAAUAGGUUACAAGAGCAUGAGCUGCAACUCAGUGUCGAUUAUCUAGGUAUCUACCUAUUCAGAAAAUGUAUUCUAUGUUUUU